AUGACAAGGUAUGUUUACACAUGUUUUCAGCAAGUUUCUAAACUUAUCAGCUUCUCUUUUUCAGGGAUUUCUCCGAAUUUUUGAAGAAAUUGAAAGAAGCACCGACAAAAUGGACAGUUGCGAAAAUAAUAUGCUGCCUCAGAAGUCGUUAUUAUGUUAAUAUUGAUCUUAAAAAAGAAACGUUUAAUGAAUUAACCUUCGAAAAAUCAGAAGUUUUUGAAGAAAGAGAGAAAGUUGAACAAGUUGUCAAACAUUUUUAUAAUAAAUGCCAACUUCAAAUUUAUGGACCACUUCACGAUGUUAUCAACGAAAUUCAUAAGGUGACACUUUGCCCUGGAGUUCACAAGGAUUUAACAAUCGAAGAAUACUUUGAAACUGAACAACCUAGGAUAAUUCCAAGUCAAAAUAGAGAUGACUAUUGCUUCAAACAUGAUAUGAUUUUUGCGAUAAAUUCCAUAGCUCGACAAUCGAAAUAUACAUUUCUUGCUGAAAUGUUUUUGAAAAAAUGGAUUGCAUCAUCCCUUGGAAAAGGUUUCGAUUUAUUAAACGAGACAUAUUCAUUUUUGCCGAUUUCUGUUAUGGAAAAAAUGUUCAAAACAUUUUACAAACCAAUAACUGAAUUGCCAUUUAUUCGACCAUUGAAAAUCAAGGAUUUUGAAAGCUUUCGUGGCUAUUUUGAAGCCAAUGAUUUGAAAGGAUUGCGUUUUUUCGACAAAGAAUUCAUGGAAAAGAUUAAUUUGAUGGAUAAGAGCACACCAAUUGCUACAAAUCAACAUGUUUUUAUUGCAAGUUAUGUGCAAAUUCUGACAAUUUGUUCGCGAUGCAAAUUUGUUUUCGAUCGAAUUUUGAAACCAAAAUUGACGUGUGAAAUGGUAAGAUUUUCGAAACAGAUUCAGAAAAUUCUUGUUUUUUUUUCAGAAAAACGAUUGUCCAGUGAUUCGAAUUUUUGAUAUGAGCUCAAAAAUGGUAAUGUUUGCCUUGGAUGUAGAUGAAGCUGUUCAAAUUGCAAUCAAGAAAAAUCAUCCAGAAAUCACGUAUCGAACAGGAUUAUUUCCUUUGGAAGAUCAUAUAUCUAGAGCUGAAAAUGGUGUGAUAAAUGGGCUGGACAUGGAAAAAUUCGGAAAAAUUUUGCAAAUUUUGAACCUUCGACCAGUUGUUGAUAUUGAUUAUGUUUCAAUUGUUGCUCAACCUGGUGUUUCAAUUAUUUCUCCUUAUGGAACACUUUGUCAAAAUUCGGAAGAUUCAUUUGAAUUUAUUAUUGGAACAUUGGUUUCAAUUGUUCAAUUUUUUCAAACGAUGUAUACAGACAAGGUUGAUCAUGUGGCUGUUUAUUUGGAACAAUUUGAACCGACUUUUGGCAAAAAAGUUUGUUUGCUUUUUAUUUUUCAAAUUUUGAUAUAAUUUUUUUUUAGAAAUAUCCAACAUUUGUCGAAACAAAGAAACUCGGUGAAAUCGUCCAUCGAGUUGUUAAUGAAUUGAGAUUUUGUCUAAGUGAAGAAAGUUUCAAUUAUUGUGUUCCUUACAAACCAUCUUAUACAUUUCCCGAAGUUGUUGAUCAUCUUCAACGAUUGAUUGGUGAUUUAGAAGAACGAAAGUUGGUCAAGAUAUUUGCAAAGAUGAAGAAGAAUGAAGUUAUUGAAAUUGAAGGAUAUUUUAGUAUUCGAUCGAUUCAUUUACUCUAUCAACAUUUUAUUAAAAUGCGAUUGGGAUUGGAGAGCGAAAUUGUUAGUUUUCAAGAGAGAAACGAGACAUUAUGAGCACAUUUUAAAAAUCUUCAAAUUUUUAAGAAGCUUCAGCUCAAAAUGCAUUUAUGUCACAAAAAUUGAAAAUUUCAUACGUGGCCGAGAAAUUUCGAGAAUUCGGCCAAAGCAACAAACUCGCUCUAAUGGUGCGAAAAUCCCUAUCUAUUUUAGUUGCUUUGGCCGAAUUCCCGACAAUUCUUGGCCGCCGAAUAGUUCGGCCACAUAUAUAUUUUCGGGUCGAAUUCAAAAACUCCCUUAUUUUCAGGUUACUUCAUUUGGUCAUAAACAAUUGGCUGUUAGAAUGGAAGAAGACACUGGUCGACUAGUUUCCAAAGUUUGGAACGAUUCUCAAGACGAAGUUUUGAGUCGUCCGGGACCAAGUAAUCCAACACCAUAUCAGUGAGUUUUUUAUCUAUUUUUUCCAAAAUUUAAAUAAAACAUUUCAGCCAACAAUUGGUUGGACAACAAAUCCGAAUGAUAUUUGUUGGCAAAAUGUUAGGAAGAGAAGUUCAUCGUCAAUUGAAAAGGUCUGAAUUUAAGUGCACAAUUGCUAGAAAAAAAAACAAUAUUUUUCAGACCAAAGAUCAUUUGCGACCUGAAAUUUGAAGAAUUGAAAAUGCGGCAAAGAAACUUGAACGAUCAAAAUCGAAAGUUGGUUGUGAAAUUGAAUAUGAUGUUGAUGAAAAUUGGAAGAGGUGAAAAUGAGCCAAGCUGUUCUGGAGAACCAUCAGAAUAA